AUGAAUUUAGAAGAUAUUGAAGCUGCUGGGAUACAUCCAGUAGAAUUAAGUGUCUUUUCUGUUAUAUCAAGCAACCUUGAGGCUAUGUAUCAAGCAGUAAAUGAAUUAAGGGAAUCACAAGCUUUACUGGCAAUGGAAUUCGCAUCGAUACGAGGAGCUUACGAGGAAGAGGAAGCUCUUACCCAAGAAGCAUUAUUGAACGAACAACUGGAAACUGUGGAAUCCUUAGCAAAACGUGUUGAUAAGAUAAAGGAUACAUUGUCAUCGGCAAAGAAGAGGUGCGAAGAAAUGUACUGA